AUGUCGAAGUCAAUUUUGAUCACAGUUCUGGCACUCGUAGCAUCAGUGUGUGCUAAGCCAUACGUAUACAGCUACAACUAUGGUACCCUACCAUACACAUCACUGCCUUACUCCCGAGCAGCCUACACUACUGCAGAUUUGUACAACCCUGCAGUAGCUCCACUGACUGCAGCCGCCGUCGCUCCAUUGUCUGCAGCUGCCGUCGCUCCAUUAUCUGCAGCUGCCGUCGCUCCAUUGCCGGCAACAUACCCAGCAUCAUACUCUGCUUAUGGAGCCUACUCUGCACCCCUCACUCUCCCAGCAAUAUCAGCUUAUGGCUCCUCCUAUAGCGUUGAAGAGUUAGCGUCCUUAAUCAAUCCUGCUACAGUCUACGCAUCUCCUUACAAUUAUUUGUACAAAUGA